AUCGGCACACCUUCCCCAGAAAAUAGGUGAUUUGAAUGAGUGACGCCUGCCCUGCCCGCCAUCCUGUCCUCGAAUGUCCAUACUAGCACAAUGAGAGGCAAGCAACCUCACCUUUCCAGCGAGGCCUGGUCUGCAUGUAUUCGCAGCAGGUUAAACUCGUCCUACCACCUGCAGAUAACUGAAAGAUUGUCUCCGGCGGAUACUGGCUGAUUCACUCUCCCCUCCUCCACAUGAGACUCUCAACCCCUCCGUCGCGACUGCAGCAAUUGUCUUCUCUUGAUGCCGCGCAAUGUCGGAUCUCAGAGGACCCCUCACCUCUCUACGCCCACCUAGAAACGUCCACCAGAUAACGAAGGCCGCUCAAGAAUACGAGUAUGAUGCCCAGAUUCCACUACGGACCUGGCUGCGGUCAGCUCAGGCAAUGCUCAAACAGGCGGAUAUAUACAUGCGAGAGGGCGAUGAAGAGACGACUUAUUUGUUGCUCUUUCGAUUUGCCCACCUGAUCCUCUCACAACUGCCGGCGCAUCCGCAGUAUCGUGACAAAACAAAUAGAGAUGUUCGAGAACAUAUGCAAGCAGCAGAAAAGGAAGUCAACAGGGUCUUGAAGAUUCUCGAUCUUAUAAAGCCUCGAAUCAAUGAGAAGUAUGAUCGCUAUGUCAAGAUCGUCAAAGAAAGAGAGGCACGGAGAAUUGCACAGACACAACAACAUCACUCUGCAGGCGAAUAUUCGUCUUCGACAGCAGUAUCGAGCCAGCGGUCGCAACCUCUACAAGCAUACGAAAACAAGGACCUUGCUGUUCGACUAGCUCAGAGAGAGAUCUCCAGAAGAGCGGCAAAUCGACAGAGUGUUUCGAUAUCCGGCAGCGAUGGAGAUGACAUUUCUAGAAGGCUUCAGGAACUGCGUGCUCGAGUUGAUGGACGGGUGCAAACUUCAUCAGACUCGGGAUUCACGCCUCGACCUCCCAUGGACAGCAACCUGCACUACAAUUAUCCCAGCAUCCCCUCACAUCAUGCCCAACCGGUCUUAAGCCCUCCCUUAUCGCAAGACUUUCGACAAGACAGAGGAAGCGACCUACCGAUCUCUCCUGGUGCAGUCCCCCCAAAGCCACGAAGCCUGGCACCUGCGCCUCCACCUCUACCAGAGAAGAUUGCAGCACAGCCUGAAGCAAGGUCAGGGUCAGCUACACCCGAGGCGGCGCAUGUUUUUGCUCCCGCCGCAUAUCUCGAAAACGGCACUCCUUUGCGGACUAUCUUCUUACCACCCGAAUUACGUACCACCUUCCUGAGAAUUGCCUACAAGAACACACUGGCAAACUUGGAAACCUGUGGGUUCCUGGCAGGUACACUGAUUGCGAACGCCUUCUUCAUCAGUCGACUUAUCAUUCCCUCACAAACUGCCACUUCGGACACGUGUGAGAUGACGAAUGAAUCACAACUUUUUGACUAUGUGGACUCGGAGGAUCUUAUGGUUCUUGGAUGGAUCCAUACGCAUCCGAGUCAGACUUGCUUUAUGAGCAGUCGAGACUUGCACACUCAUGCCGGAUACCAGAUGAUGCUUGCUGAGAGUAUUGCUAUUGUAUGUGCACCUAGCAAGGGGGAUGUCACGCACGGUGGUGAUUGGGGUGCUUACCGGCUUACGGAUCCUCCGGGGAAGAAAGCGAUCCUUAACUGCGAUCAGCCCGGGAUCUUUCAUCCUCACGAUGUCGAAAAUAUCUACACCGAUGCGCUCCGACCGGGACACGUGGUCGAGGCUAAAGGUAUGCAGUUCGAGGUGGUGGACCUCAGAAACAAACAAUGACGACGACUUUAUGGAGAUGUCUUUCGCAACGUCGUCCCCAUGUGGACCGGGUGGUCAGACGUUUUAUUGAAUCAUAUGUCUCAACAUGCACUGUCGGCCCAUGGGACGCAUCGACAGCAGCACAUGAAAAUUUCAAUACCAGCAUAAAUUUGUGCUGGUUCAGUUAGCCGGCCCUUAUACUGAUAAGUUCCAAGCCAAUCUGCUCGAGUCCAAUGGCUUCUUAUCUCUUUGUGCUCGGUCCUGCUCCAGAAAUAACAUGCACUUCUUUAGUUUGGGAAUGGUAAGAACCCGUUGUUCAGUCGAUCCAGAUUACGGCUUUGAACAUGUCUUGUUGUCAUCUUGCGAAUUGAUAUGUGGCUGAGGGGC